AUGGUGAUACCAGCAACCCCUCGAACUCCACCUCGGACUUCGGACUCGUCGUUUUCACUGUUCACACCACCCACUCCACGGUUUGCGCCUAUUGACCAGCCAGAUGACUUCUAUCGACAAAAGAAACCCGUUACGAAAAAACAUGAUCCAUCUACUCAAUUCACCACUCCACAUACCAAACGUACCACGAAACUAGCACCUACAAUCGUGCCUUUAACACCUAAUGAGACUCCAGUGCAUAGAAAACGCAACCAGGAUCUCGUAGAUUCGCUAUUACGAACCCCAAAUACGUCUACCUCUAGAAUCUUAUUUCCCAGCAAUUCUCCAGUAAUCGGUAGUGGAAGGGUUCGAGGUGGGCAUCACCGAUCACACAGCAGGGACAUGGUCAAACGGCCACAAGUGAUCCCAGUCACCCCUCAAAGUCAGAAACCAAAGCGAAUUAUAAAUUCCAUUCCACGUCCCGUCACCAGUAUAGCUCGUCCUCAACCGCCAUUCCAGGUUUUCAACGACCACGAAGCAUUCAAAAAAGAGGCCGACAAUGUCAUCGGGCCCACUUCCACCACCACCACCGCCUCCUCGUCCUUAUCAACUAAGAACACAAUUGGAGGCCGGCACUAUUUGCGACCCAGUACCACUUCGCACCCUCACAAAUCCUUACCACCAGACGUACCUGGUAUGUGGUACAUUUUUAGAGGCAAAAAAGUGUUCCGCCCGUUCCCAGAAGGUGAUACGGAACUCUCUGAUAUAAAACCACGCAAACUCUUCGCCAACGUCCAGCCAACGAAACGCGGUUCAGGACCCACAUCAGUAUUUGACCACAAACGGGCCUCUCGCAGCGACUCAGCUCCUCGUUCCGAGCGUUCAUCAAAAGCUGCUCCCUUUCUCUCCUCGUCUUUAGACGCUGACGACCCUUUCAACUCGGAAGAAGAAGACACAGAUCUCGACGACGACUACAAAUCCGAGCUCCUCGACGUGUCCAACCACGGCUCUGUGCUGUCGGAGCACCCCUAA